CUCUCCUUCUAUGUAUUGUGCAAACCAACCAACGCAAGACAAAAGCAGCAACAAUGGCAGUGCAGCAGUGCACAAUGGCGCUCUUCGUGGCGGUCGCCCUCGUGGCCGGGCCAACCAUCUCGUACGCUGCCGAAGCCGGCCAAGCCCCGGCCGGGGCACAACCCAAGGCCACGACCGAGGAGCAGAAGAUAAUUGAGCAGGCCAACAAAGCCUUCAAGGCGGCCGUGGCGACGGCAGCCGUAGUCCCUCCAGCGGACAAGCCCAAGUAUUUCCAGACCACCUUCGUCAACAACUUUGGCAACUGGACACUCGAAGGGUUAGCCAACGCGUCCAGCGCCAACGCCAGUAUGAGCACUAGGGUCAUCUUCGCUCAGGUGGCGGCCGCCAUGAACGCCCAGGGCACUACCCCGGAGGCCCAGUAUGACUCCUUCGUGGCCAUCUUUGGCGAGUCGCUCCGCAUCAUUGCUGGCAUCCUUGAGGUCCACGCCAUCAAGCCCGCCCGCGAGGAAGUCAAGGGGGCGAGCCCUGCUGGCGAGCUCAAGGCCAUUGACCAGAUCGACACCGCCUUCAGGACUGCAGCCACCGCUGCCGAUGCUGCCCCGGCCGAGGACAAGUCCACCGUCUUCGACUCCGCCUUCAGCAAGGCCAUCAAGGAGACCAUGGGCGAUGCAUACAAGGACUACAAGUUCGUCCCCGCCCUCGAAUCUGCCGUCAAGAAGAUCUACACCGCAUUAGUUCCCGCGAAGCCCACGGAAAAGAUCUUCGUCUUUGAGAGCGCCCUUGAAGACACCAUCGGCGCCAUGGCCACCGCGGCCGCUGCCCCCGCAGCGCCCACUCCCACUCCCGCCUCCGCGGCCGGUGGCGACAAAGUCUGAGCUCAUAUUAUAUACAAAUAUGGACACGACUAACAUCCUAUCAGUCGGACUUUAAACAACAUAUCUGGUAAGAAGUGGGAGUCGAACCCACUACCUAUGGUUCACCAUAGAUGUGUGUAACCAGCUAACCUUGCUUAAUUUCGAUCUAUAAUGAGGUAGGAUAAUAUUUAUACCUGUACGUGUCGCGACCAUGAGAAAAAUAAACCAUUUUCUUUCUUUUCUUUUUUA